CCCGGAGCUGCUCUGCGCAUGCUCGUCCGGCAGAGUUCCUUGGGAGGCGUUGCUGGCAAGAAGCGAACUUUCCCGGGGCGAUGUCGCGACCCGGCCCUCCCCAGGAACCAGUCAGAAACAGCUUGAUCGAUGACGCUAAGGCCCGCUUAAAAAAGCAUGACUCUGGGACCAAAUAUUCUCACUGUUCAUCUAACAAAUUUUCGAUCCUUCUACCAUUGUUGGCUAAAGAUGGGAAACUUUACCUGUUGUUCACCCUCCGGUCAGAGAAGCUGAGAAGGUCACCCGGAGAGGUCUGCUUUCCUGGAGGUAAGUGCGAACCUACGGACGCGGACGACGUGGCCACGGCUCUCCGGGAAGCCCAGGAGGAAGUGGGGCUGCGUCCUCAUCAAGUGGAGGUGGUCUGCUGCCUGAUGCCACUGCCAUUUGAUAAGGAUAUGUGGAUAACUCCAGUUGUAGGAUUUAUAGACUCCGACUUUGAGGCCAGACCUAACCCGGAUGAAGUUAAGAACGUGUUCCUGGUGCCUCUGGAAUACUUCCUGCGUCCCCAUGUGUACCAUCAGAGUCACCUGACACGCCGCGGUCGUCGUGUUAUUAUUCACUGCUUUGAGUACACGGACCCUGAACAUGGUGUGACAUACUGCAUCCGGGGACUGACUGCAAGAUGUGCCGUGUUUAUCGCCUUAGUGGUUUUGGGGGAAAAACCCUCCUUUGAGGUUGACUUUAAUCUCAGCGAUUUGAUUCCACCCUCUGAAGAGUCCUUCCUGAAGCCUCCAAAACAUGCUCUGAGCAAGUUAUGAUUUAUGAGACCAACACCCAAAUGACUCUCUGAGCAGUGUUCUUGUGGGCUUAGCCAUGGAACAAUGAUUCGACCAGCUGUUGGAAUUUGACAGGUGUGAAUAUUUUUACUACAACUUGAAGGUAAAAAAACCUUGCCUUUUCCCCAGUUUUCCUCUACUGUCUGAAAAAGCAAGUCUUUCCAAAGUAGAAAAAUGUGUUUAUACUAUUGCAUAGUUUCACCCCCAAUCUGUGUAACAAUACUUUUCUUACGUGUGUAAGGAAAGUGGUCCAGUGGCUAAGACUCUGAGCUUCCAAAGCAGGGGGCCUGAGUUCAGUCCCUGGGCAGAGAACUAGAUCCUAUAUGCUGCAACUAAGACCCAGCACAGCCAAAUAAAUAAAAUCAAUAUUUUAAAAAUAUCUGUUGAGUGUAUGACCAUGUGGCAUUGAUCUUGUUUGUACGAGGCAACCUCACUCUCUCUGUUACAUGUGACAGAAACUCUUGACCAGCCAUCAGAACACACCCUCCUUCUCCUUGGCUAUAGAGUUGAAGCUGAGCCCAUAGCUCCCCAGGCAGAACCAGCAUUGACUAAGUUCCAGUGCAGUUAAAUGUAGCUCUGAAAUUGAAUUUAGGCCAAUGGGAUGUGAAAUCGUUCUUGCUGGUCAUCUCCAAUUUCAAUUUAAGAGAUAAACCAAACUCCCUCAAUUGCCUUUUCCAUGAUUUAUCUGCAACCCAGCCUUGACUUUACAGAUAAGACAAUUCCUGCAGGAAAGUCAGAGCUAAAAGAUGUAAGAGCUUGGAUCUCUGAAAGACUGGAGCAAAGCAACCCGCCAUCCUGGGCUAUUCCUGUGGGACUGUUACAUGGGAGAAAAAGAAAACUCUGUCAUUUCUGAGACUGUAAUUGGGGUCAUUUUGUUACAGCGGAGCUAUAGCCUGAAUGAUACACCAUAACACUUGAAAACGCUUGGAUGGAUAUUCACCCAAACUUUAGGUGUUGCCAGUAAUUAGAACUCAAAAUGAUCCGACAUUUCACAUACGGUUCCCGGGACAUGCACACGAUGACUUUGGGUGUUGGUGGGGUUUGACGGUCAUGAUCCAAAAUAGCUGAGAGAAUAUGAGAGGCCGACAAUCAGGGCAGAUUAUCUGCCUUAAUAGGAUAGCAGAAAAACACUCAUUUCAAGGACAACCCUCAAAUAAGAAGUCAGAGAGACAUAUAUUCUGAAUCUCAUGCCUUGAAAUCCAUUACUUCUUACAGGGGCAUCAUCAUAUGUCAAGCUUUAGAGUUAGCAGAGAUUUCUUUCCUUAAUUAUGGUGUUAGCCAUCCUGGACCAGAUCGGGGACUGAGGGGGUCCUGUGUUGUAGCUGAAGAUACGGUGCCCACACGCUGAAUCCAUUUAGUUAGCCAUGCCACUGUCCAUUGCUGCUGAACUCUGAUUUUCUGAGAGCUGGCAGAGGAAGACAUUCAAUGUGCAGCUUUAUGCCUGUAAAUGUUGAAACGGUGCAAAUCUGGCUCCAGCCUCGAAAGCAGAUGUCGGGUGAGUUGACCCGUUAACAUUCUAUAACCAGCCCUGCAGGAACAGGCCUACAUGGUUUGUGAACAAUGGUAGAGGAAUUUGCAAAUAUGUAUUUACAAUCUGACAGCAGCGUAAUUGCUGGGUAAAUUGACCUCUGGUAGUGCAGAACUUUCCGAACUGUUUGCUUAUGCAAACACCGCAGACCUGCCUCGUUUCUAAGAGGAGAUGACCCAACCUAAGUCCUAACUCUGAGCGACUUGCAUGGCCACCCAGCUGGCUCAGUCAGGAAAGAAUCUGCCUGCAAGGCAGGAGACACGCGGGUUCAAUCCCUGGGUCAAGAAGAUCCCCUGGAGGAGGAAAUGGCGACCCACUCCAGUAGUCUCGCCGGGAUAAUCCCACGGACAGAGGAGCCUGGCAGGCUACAGUCCACAGGGUCAAAAAGACCUGGACGUGACUGAGCGACUCAACGACCGCCAACACCACAGUGAUGGAGGUACUGCCCACCCCCUUUUUAGUGGUUUGUUUAAUGACAUUUAUGUUCAGGCUUCUAGUUAAAUAUCCUGUUACAACGGCCAGACAUUUAGGAAGUUUGACUCAAAGAAACUAUUGGCAGAGCACUGAUCUCACAAACUCUGCAGAACCACUGAACAAAUCAACCUCAAGGAGCGAUAUGGAUGGAACUAGAGUCUGUCGUACAGAGUGAAGCAUGUCAGAAAAACAAAUACUGUAUAUUAACGCCUAUAUGUGGAAUCUAGAAAAAUGGUACAGGUGAAUCUAUUUCCAGGCCAGAAUUAGAGACACAGACUUAGAGAAUGGACGUGGGUGGUAGACGGGGAGGGUGGGAUGAAUUGGGAGGGUGGGACUGGGAGGAUUCACGUAUAUACACUACCAUAUGUAAAACUGAAGCUCCAAUACUUGGGCCACCUCAUGCGAAGAACUGACUCAUUGGAAAGGACCCUGAAGCUGGGAAAGAUUGAAGGCAGGAGGAGAAGGGGACGACAGAGCAUGAGAUGGUUGGAUGGCAUCACCAACUCAAUGGACAUGAGUUUGAGUAUGCCCUGGGAGCUGGUGAUGGACAGGGAGGCCUGGUGUGCUACAGUCCAUGGGGUUGCAGAGUCGGACACAACUGAGCGACCGAACAGAGCUGAGCUGAUGUGUGAAGCUAGCGGGACGCCGCUGUACAGCUUAGGAGUUCAGUUUGGUGCUCUGUGAUGACCUAGAGGGGUGUGAUGGGGCAGUGGUGGGGGGAAAGUCCAAUGGUGAGGGGAUAUAUAUGUCCAUAGAGCUGAUUCACUUCGUGUACGGCAGAAAUAACACAACAUUGUAAAGCAAUUAUCCCCCAAUUAAAAAAUCAUCCAGGGGAGAAACCUCUACCUCAAAAGCAAGAGGAGGUGAAUCUUGACUUUUGCAUCCUGUCAUUCUUAUGGUGAUAACCAUCUUCUUGAGUUUAUUGAUACAGACAGAGCAAAGUGCUUCAGCCCCUAAUUCUUUAGAGGAGACUCUGCUUGGCCUCAUUCGGGUCACCUGGCAGGUUUCCAGGAACCUGUGGACAUGUUCAAGGGCAAGGCUCAGAGUUGGGGCCACAGUUGCACGUGUCUCCCAAAGUCCCCUGAGUCAGGUGGGUCUGGGUGGGAGCAUUCCUGAAGAAAGUGGGCUUGACGGACAUCCCCAAACACUUACUGUCUCCAGUCCCUAAAAUCUGUGCAUUCUGCCAUCCAGGCAUCUCAACUCUUUUCUUUGCAUCCCUGUGGCCUUGAUGGUGGUUAAGGUGGUUAAGUCUGAGCGGGGAGUCAGGAUGUCUUGAUUUGAAUCCCAGCUAAGGCAUCCAUCCAUGCAGUGACCUUUAGCAAGUUACUCAUCCUCUAAGGUCUUAGUUUCCUCCUCUCUAAUGUGGGAGAGAGAAAUUCUUUACUUUAGGGCUGUUGAUGGGAUUAAAAGAGUUAGUACAUGUG